AACACAUUUGAAGAAAAAUAGAAAAAUAUCUUUGCUUAUUAGGUCCUUAAAAUCCACGUGGAUGGUGAUCCGACUUUUGAAGCUCCAAAAAGAACAGAUAGUCAGCAUAAACGUCAUCCAUAUGACACCAGCUGUUAAAUUAAUGUCUAAAGCGACACAACGCUUUUAGUGCGAACAAAGAGCAAUAUUUAAAUAUUUUUUAAUCAUCGCUUUCGGUCAGCAGUGGUAUGCGCGUGUGACGUAAUCACCUUGGCAUGCUCACUUGAGAACUGACACAUGUGCAACACACCCGGAGGAGCAGCGCUGUUUACAAACAUGCUGAACUUUGAACAUCGCUGACCAGCGGCUUCUGGAGAAACAUGGAGCCUUGUGCCGAAUCUCAGGGUGAUCCUGAGAGAUUUCUGCAUCAUGCAGAGAACAGAGAACACCCUGCCACCCCAGCUGCCUUAAUGCCUGGUGAUGAUGCGGCACUUUUGACCCCAGGGAGGAUGAGUCAGCGUGGGAAGGAGGCGGGGCUGCACACGCCCAGUAAAGACCUACUCACAAGCCCCUCCCUCAGCCCAGGCGUCAGCUACAGUCACGGUUUUGAUCGUGGCAAAGAGGAAAUCCUGCCUCUGAAAGAGGACUCGUCACACUCUAUAUCAAAGAGCAAGUCGGAAACCAAGCUUUAUAAUGGCUCAGAUAAGGAUGUAUCAGCAUCUGGAAACAAACUCACCAAGAAGGAAUCACUCAAGGUACAAAAGAAGAACUACAGGGAAGAGAAGAAACGGGCUGCUAAAGAGCUGCUCAGCACGAUCACUGAUCCAUCUGUCAUCGUCAUGGCCGACUGGCUCAAGAUCCGUGGCACGUUGAAGAGUUGGACCAAGCUGUGGUGUGUGCUGAAGCCAGGUGUUCUGCUUAUCUAUAAGACCAAUAAGAACGGACAGUGGGUCGGUACCGUGUUGCUCAAUGCCUGCGAGCUCAUCGAAAGACCAUCUAAAAAGGACGGGUUCUGCUUCAAGCUCUUCCACCCGCUAGAACAGUCCAUAUGGGCCGUCAAGGGUCCUAAAGGCGAAGCGGUGGGGUCCAUCACUCAGCCGUUACCCAGCAGCCACCUGAUAUUCAGAGCAGCUUCAGAAUCAGAUGGUCGCUGUUGGAUGGAUGCUCUUGAAUUGGCCCUGAAAUGCUCGAGUUUGUUGAAGAGAACGAUGAUCAGAGAUGGCAAAGAGGAGACGACUCAGACCACAGAACAUUCGCACAUCAACUUCUACAGUCUGCUGAGAGCGCACAACAUGCAGGGCUUUCAGUUUAAUGACAGUGAUCAGUUUAAGGAUCCUGAUCUGUACUCGGAUAAGUCUGACCGUGAGAAUGAGCAGGAGCCGGAGGAAUGGGAGAAUGAAGUGAUGGAGAAGAGCGAAGAGAGCGACAGUGACACGUCAGAGCGCCAGGAAGACUCGUACAUCGACCUGGACCCGAACGAGACGCUGCGGGAGACGCCGUACAUAGAGCAGAGCCACGAGGAACUCGGAGAGGCUGGCGAGGCGUCACAGACAGAGACGGUAUCAGAAGAGAAUAAAUCUCUGAUCUGGACUCUACUGAAGCAGGUUCGACCUGGUAUGGAUCUGUCCAAAGUGGUGCUGCCCACCUUUAUUUUGGAGCCCCGCUCCUUCCUGGACAAACUGUCCGAUUACUACUACCACGCUGACUUCCUGUCAGAAGCUGCUGUGGAGGAGAACGCCUACAACCGUUUGAAGAAAGUGGUCAAAUGGUACAUUUCCGGAUUCUACAAGAAGCCAAAGGGUUUAAAGAAACCGUACAACCCCAUUAUUGGAGAAACAUUUCGUUGUGUGUGGCUCCACAACAAGACAAACAGCAAAACCUUCUACAUCGCAGAACAGGUGUCCCAUCAUCCCCCUGUCUCAGCGUUUUAUGUCAGUAACAGGAAGGACGGCUUUUGUCUCAGUGGCAGCAUUCUGGCCAAGUCCAAGUUUUACGGAAACUCUCUGUCGGCAAUCUUGGACGGUGAAGCCAGACUGACAUUUCUCAACAGAGGAGAAGACUAUGUGAUGAACAUGCCCUACGCUCACUGCAAAGGUAUUCUGUAUGGUACUAUGACUCUAGAGUUGGGCGGUCAGAUCACCAUCGCCUGUGAGAAGACGGGCUACAGCGCUCAACUGGAGUUCAAACUCAAGCCGUUUCUCGGCAGCAGUGACAGCGUGAAUCAGAUCAGCGGAAAGAUCAAACUUGGGAAAGAGGUGCUGGCCACACUGGAGGGGCAUUGGGACAGUGAAAUCUUCAUUAACGAUAAGAAGACGGGCGAGGUGGAGAUGUUUUGGAACCCGACGCCCGAGCUGAGACAGAGCAGACUGACCUGCUGUACUGUACCGUCAGAGGAACAGGGCAAGUUUGAGUCCGAAAGGUUGUGGCAGCAUGUGACACGGGCCAUAAAUAACAAGGACCAAACGGAGGCGACCAAUGAGAAGUUCAUCCUGGAGGAGGCUCAGAGGAAGGCGGCUCGCGAGCGCAAGAUGAAAUGUGAGGAGUGGACGCCCCUUUUGUUCGAACAAGACCCUGCCACCGGAGAGUGGCAUUACCGAUACGCUGACACGCGUCCAUGGGACCCGCUCAACGAUCUGAUUCAGUUCGAGAAAGAUGGCUGCAUUCAGACCAAAGUGCGCCACAGGACGCCUAUGGUACGUUCAGCCAGUGUAGUUAGUCUCAGUACCCAGCAGGGCUCCCGGAGGGACAAUUACCUGAGCCAGGUGACGGGACCAAAACGAAAACAUAAGAGCGACAAACCAAAAAGUCCAGAAAGUGGCUGCUCGUCUCCAGAACCGGACCAACAGGACUCGUCUGGCAGCGAGAGGCACAAAAGCAAACACAACAGCCGCCUGAGAAAGAAAACAACAGAUUUAAGUGAAAUCCAAAGUGCCAUUGAGUCGAUCAGACAAACCCAGGAGGAUAUUAACAGGAGUGUGACUGCUCUGAGGAGUCGAGUGGCGAGUCAGUCAGCGGCGGAAAGCUCGUUUCUCACGCACAGAGACUUCGCCAUCAUCCUCUUCCUCAUCGUCCUCCAGGUUUUCCUCAACUUCAUCUUUAAAUAACGCCACAAACUGCCGAGACCCUCCCUAGUCCAGCUGUCUUCAAACCUUCGGCUCGACAGUCGAGGAAAUCUACCCGGAAACAAACUCUCCAUCCUUUUAUCACUCCAGUCCUUCCCCUCAUCCUCACAACAUAUUCGGUUUUUAUUUGUUGUUUUUAUAUGAAUUUGUGUUGUGAUCGCUGCAAAAGGACAGCCAUGCUGGCUCAUCUUGAGGAGAAAUGCACUGUGGGAUGUUUAGGAAACAACUGUUUACUUUUAUUGUUCAAAAAGAGGACAAUCACAGUAGCCCCCCAAAUCAUUGUUUUAAAAUGUUUAUUUUAUAUUUUUCACCCUCUUUGAGCACCCACAGAUGUAUUGGAGGAUAUCAGUAAAGCUACAAACCUUAUGGAUGAAUCUCAUCUGUUAAGAACAUGUUCGGGUUAUAUUUCAUCCCAAAAUGUAAAAAAAAUUUAAGCCAUUUUUUUAAUAUAAUUAAGCGCAUUUUACCACCAAAUCGCAUUCUCAUUACGCAAAAAAAAAAAAAUUAUUUAAAUAAAAUACAAAUAAAAUAAUUAUUAUUAUUUAAAGUGUAAAGUAUUUAUACAUUAUAGCAGUAUUUGUUUUACUGCCUUUAAUUUAUGCUAAUUUAAAUAAAAUAAAAAAUUAUUGUACUAAUGAGAAUCUAAUUAGAAUCACCAUUGUAAAAUAACGUUAAUUACAAAAAACUAAUUUCAACGUAUUUCAGCAGUGAGUAUUUUCUCAAAAAUGUGCUUGGUUGCCAUGAAAAUAGUUUCACAUUGCAAAAAAUCUUUGAUGAUUUUUGGGGUGAAAUGUGACCCGAACAUUUUCUUUUUUAUUAUUUUUUUAUUUUAUUUUUUUUUGGUGAGAUUCGCCCAAAUAUAAAGCUUAAAAAGGGUUCAGCAUCGCGGAUGUUACUGAUAUUUUAUUGCAACUUUAUUAAAUGAAUGAGGGACGUUGUGAGCUGAGGUCAAUUUUGUAUUAUUUAAAAGCAUUUUGGGAACAAUUUCAUGAACUAGGAAUCUUAAUUUUAAUACCAGUUCGUGGAUUCAACAUUUCACACGUUCUUAAGUCGUGAUUGUUUAAUUUAUUUGAACUGUUUAUGAUAACGAGGCGUGUACAGUAUGCAGAGCAUCAUUCAUCGCAUUCAAUAUUACUAUGAAGAAAGUAGUAGAUGUAGGCAUGUAGCAGGAAAUACUGUUGCGUACUUUUGUAGUUGCUAGACCUCGUCUGCCACUAUUACGCCAGACUAGAUGUACAUUUACAAAGCCAAAUAGUCUAAGAGUAGAAUAGAGUAUUAACUUCACAUCUGUACAUAGUAAAUAAUCGAUAUCCUUUUUUAUAUCUAGAGAAAUGUGUGUUUCAUAGCCCACGUGUCUUUGUUCUGUGGGUGUUUGUUUGGUCACCUGAUAACUUGCACAUGCCUGGUCAGAUGUUUGAAUGUGCUCAUGUGAAUAAUAACUACUAAAAAACAAUGUGCCUUUAUAAGCAGGUCUUGAAGUGAAAGACGGGCCGGAGUUUAAGGGAUUGAGCCUGACUGUUUAAUUUCUACCAUAUUUCUUGUUUGUUGUUUUCUCUUUUCGAAUACAAAUGUGCCAUAUUGAGUCUGUUUCGAGCUCGGUGUAUCAUAGUGUCGCCCACUGUGAAUUGUGUCCACAAACACACUUUUUAGUUUUCGUCCGAGAGCUAAAACCUGCCAUGGAUGUCGUCUCUGUUUAUAUCCCAAACAAGGCACCAAACCAGGGAUCAACGUCAGAUGUGAUAUCUGUUCUUCACCAUGUUGCACACUUUAAGCUUCUAGUUUUGUUCAUUGUUCAUUUUGUUCUUUCAUUGUUCAACAUGUGUUCUCAUUUGAGAACCGUUUUUACUCCAGGUGAUCCGAGUGGUUUUUGUUGUGGAUAACUGUCACACCAGAGAGCAUCUCCUACACCUUUGUCUAUGUACAGAUGAUGCUUUAUUUGUAUUACAAUAACUUCCUGUGAGUUUGUCACCUGUGACACAUCACCAAAUAAAUGGAAAACUGUC